AUGACGCCGCCGAUCCCAUCGCCGCUAAAAGCCAUAACCCUAACCCACAUCCGUUACGAACGCGGCGACAAACUAGGUCAUUUCCUCGCCUGGAUAUCCCUCGUCCCCGUCUUCAUCAGCUUCGGCGGUUUCAUCUCCCACUUCAUCUUCCGCCGCGAACUUCAAGGCAUCUUCUUCUUCCUCGGCUUAAUCGUUUCACAGUUCAUCAACGAGUUCAUCAAAACCACGGUCCAACAAGCUCGCCCCGAAACAUGCGUGCUUCUCGAAACAUGCGAUUCUCACGGUUGGCCUUCGAGUCAUUGCCAGUACAUGUUCUUCUUUGCAACUUACCUAACUCUAUUGGGGUGUAAAGGAAUUGGGUUCUCGAAGAAUAUUGGGCUUAAUCUACUUACUUGGGGUCUGGCUUUUUUGACUAUGUAUUCUAGGGUUUAUUUGGGGUAUCAUACUGUUGCUCAGGUUUUUGCUGGGACUGCUUUGGGCCUUUUUCUUGGUGCGGCUUGGUUUUGGAUUGUGAACAAGCUUUUGUUUCCGUUUUAUCCUGUUAUUGAAGAAAGUGCUUUUGGGAGGUGGUUUUAUGUUAAGGAUACUUCUCACAUUCCUAAUGUGUUCAAGUUUGAGUAUGAUCAAGCUAGAGCUUUUAGAAAAAAGAUCGCCUCUGAAAGGGAAUCCGAAUCCAAGUCUGAUUAA